AUGGGUUCUCGAGAUUGGUUUAGGUCCAGAGUCGGCUUAAAGAAAGCAAAAGAUGGCACUUCAAAACGAGUACUGAAGGUAUUGAUCAGCCUUUCAAUUGCAGUAACAUUGCGUAAUUUGGUUGAAGCCAAGCGAGGUGAUAGUUUGAAGGACGUGAAGAUGGAGAAGGUAAACUGGAGUAGGCAUUGGCUUUCGCUUGUUGGGUGCUUAGGAGUGAAUUUGCUCGUCUAUUUCUUCCUUAUUGAUUGUUCUGACAAGGCUCCUUUUAGGAGAAUUCUUUCCAACGUCAAAGACCAAGAAUCUAGUGACGUGAAGCUGUAUACCCACAAUACUUUUCAGGUGGUGGUGGAUAAUGGCCUGGUGCAAAUCAUAUUGUCGAGGCCGGAUGGUGAUGUCUUGGGAAUAAAGUACAAUGGAAUCAGUAAUUUACUUGCAGAUCGUAAUGAAAAAGAUGAUAGGGGUUAUUGGGAUGUAGUUUGGAAUCAGCCGGAUGGUCGUGAGGGAAUUGUUGAGAGAAUAGCAGGAACAAACUUUAAGAUUGUAACUGAGCACAAGGACCAAGUAGAGCUUUCAUUUAGUAAGACAUGGAAUCUUUCUUCCCAUGAAAAAGGAAGUGUUCCCUUAAACGUAGACAGAAGGUACAUAUUGCGGCGUGGAAUUUCAGGAUAUUAUACAUAUGCAAUAUUUGAGCGCGUUGAAGGGUGGCCGAAGGUGGAUUUGGGUCAAAUUAGAGCUGUUUUCAAGCUCAAAAAGGACAAAUUUCACUACAUGGCGUUAUCGGAUGAUAAGCAAAGGAUCAUGCCAACACAGAAGGACCGGGAAAACAGUCAAGCCCUAGCCUACCCAGAGGCUGUUCUUUUGACCAAUACAACCAAUCCUAGAGUUAGAGGAGAGGUGGAUGACAAAUAUCAGUACUCAUCAGAGGUGAAAGACAACAAAGUUCAUGGGUGGAUUUCUCUCGACCCGCCUGUUGGAUUCUGGAUCAUAACACCCAGUGAAGAGUUUCGUUCAGCUGGCCCUAUCAAGCAAGAACUCACCUCUCAUGUGGGCCCUACUGCUCUCUGUAUGUUUAUGAGUACUCACUAUUCUGGAAAGGACUUAGAGAUGAAAUUUGAAGAUCGAGAACCAUGGAAAAAAGUUUUUGGCCCUAUAUUUGUCUAUCUUAACUCAGUUUCUAGUAAAACUGACUCCCAAAAGCUUUGGGUAGACGCUAAAAAGCAGAUGUUGCUUGAGGUUGAUAGCUGGCCAUAUAAUUUCACUCAAUCAAGAGAUUUCCCUUCUGUUGAUCAACGUGGAAUAGUUUCGGGUCAAUUGCUUAUCCGUGACAAGUACAUUAGUAAGAGAUUAAUUUGGGGGCGAUCUGCUUAUGUUGGUUUGGCAACUCCUGGAGAGGUGGGGUCAUGGCAAAGAGAAAGCAAGGGAUAUCAAUUCUGGACCCAAGCUGACAAUGAGGGACAUUUCGUGAUCAAAAAUGUCAGACCUGGAGACUAUAAUUUGUAUGCAUGGGUCCCUGGUAUUAUUGGGGAUUAUAAAAAUGAGACCAAUAUUACUAUUAAACCAGGUUGGGAAAUCAAAAUGGGAGCCCUCGUGUAUGAGCCUCCAAGACAUGGCCCAACCCUAUGGGAAAUUGGUAUCCCUGACCGCACUGCCGCAGAGUUCUAUGUACCAGACCCAUAUCCAACACUUACUAACCGGUUGUACAACCACUCAGAAAAGUUUAGGCAAUAUGGUUUGUGGGACCGAUAUACAGAUUUAUAUCAUGAUGAGGAUCUCAUCUACACCAUCAAUGUUAGUGAUUAUCGUAAAGAUUGGUUCUUCGCUCAUGUUAAUAGGAAUAUAAAUAAUGGGACGUAUGAAUCAACAACAUGGCAGAUCAAAUUUGAACUUCACAAUUUGAACAAGAAUGGAACUUACACUCUCCAGUUGGCCUUGGCAUCAGCCAGUGCAGCCGAAGUACAGGUUCGAUUCAACGACGCAAGCGCCCAACCUGCUCACUUUUCAACAGGAUUUAUAGGAAGGGACAAUGCCAUUGCGAGGCAUGGAAUCCAUGGGUUGUAUUGGCUUUAUAGCAUUACUGCAACAAGUAAUCUAUUCCAUGAAGGAAACAACACGAUCUAUUUGAGACAAUCAAGAAGUGGAAACACUUUUCAAGGAGUCAUGUAUGACUACCUUCGUCUAGAAGGGCCUCCAGGAGCUUGAUGAUUUACGAGAUUUUAGGUCUUGCUUCCCCUAUUGGGAACACAUAGUCACAUAUAGUUAUCAUGUACAAUUGUAUGUAGCUCUAAGAAAAAAAUUAUUUGUUGUAGUUUAAGGCUAAGCAUCAACCUUGAUUUCUUAGUUCAAAAAGGAAAUGAUUUUUUUAUGGUUA